AUGGGUGUUAAAGGACUUAAUCAACUAAUCAAAGAACAUUCCCCCAAUUCAAUCAAAGAAUUCCAACUCAAAAACCUCUUCGGUCGAAAAGUAGCAAUCGAUGCCUCCAUGUGUCUCUAUCAAUUCUUAAUUGCCGUCAGACAAUCAGAUGGACAACAAUUAACCAAUCUGGAAGGAGAAACCACCUCGCAUUUAUCUGGUUUAUUCUAUAGAACUAUCCGGAUGGUUGAAAACAACAUUAAACCAGUCUAUGUCUUUGAUGGAAAACCACCCGUAUUAAAGGGGGGAGAAUUAGAAAAAAGAAUGUUAAGAAGAGAAGAAGCCCAGAAACAAAUGAAUUCAAUUAAGGAUGAAGGUACAGUUGCCGAAGUGAUGAAAUUCGAGAAACGAUUAGUUCGUGUCUCAAGAGAACAAAAUGAUGAAGCGAAGAAAUUGUUGGAAUUAAUGGGGAUUCCAUAUGUGAAUGCUCCCUGUGAGGCAGAAGCUCAAUGUGCGGAAUUAGCCAGGGGUGGGAAGGUAUUUGCGGCAGCUUCUGAGGAUAUGGAUACGCUAUGUUAUGAACCUCCUUAUUUAUUAAGACAUUUAACGUUUGCUGAGGCGAGAAAGAUGCCAAUUGAUCAGAUCACAUAUAAGGAGGCUAUUGAAGGGUUGGAUAUGACAAAGGAACAAUUUAUUGAUAUGUGUAUUUUAUUGGGUUGUGAUUAUUGUGAAACUAUUAGAGGAGUGGGACCGGUUACGGCUUAUAAAUUAAUUAAAGAACAUGGAUCAUUAGAGAAGAUUGUGGAAUAUAUUGAAAACAAUCCAGGAAAGACGAAAUUCAAAGUGCCUGAAAAUUGGCCAUAUAAAGAAGCUAGACAAUUAUUUUUAAAGCCGGAAGUUGUGAAUGCAAGUGAGGUGACUUUGAAAUGGAAGGAACCGGAUGUAGAUGCUUUGGUGGAUUAUAUGGUUAAACAAAAAGGGUUCAGUGAAGAUAGAAUUAGAAGUGGGGCAGAAAAGUUAAAGAAAGGAUUAAAAACUGGAGUUCAAGGUAGAUUAGAUGGUUUCUUCCAGGUUGUUUCAAAGACACCGGCUAAUGAUAAGAAGAGAAAAGCCGAUGAUAAGAAGGGAUCUAAGAACAAAAAGAGAAGGUAG